UCUCCGGUGUUGCGGGGACUCUAUGGAGAGGCGGCUCGCCGGUGCCCCAGGCUGCUGAGCUCUCGCCGCCUGUCUCCUCGCGGCGCGGCGGCAAGGCCAUGCUGGCUUCGCGCGUGGCGCGCGGCUCGUGGGGGGUCCUUCGCGGCGCGGCAUGGACGCCAGGGGUGCGGCCGGGCAAGGAGCGCGCCCGCGGGGCUCUGCUGCGCUCGGUGCCCGGCUGCCUAGGCUGCCUGGUGGAGCGCUGGUGGCUGCGCCCUGCCGCGCUCGGCCUGCGGCUGCCUGGGGCCGGCCCACGGGGCCACUGCUCUGGCGCGGGGAAGGCGGCUCCCGAACCCGCAGCUGGAGGGGACGCCGCGGCGGAGCCCGGGAGCGGCGGAUGGGGCCAGGCGAGCGCCGCCAGCCUGUAUGAAAACCCAUGGACAAUCCCAAAUAUGUUGUCAAUGACAAGAAUUGGCUUGGCCCCAGUUUUGGGCUAUUUGAUUAUUGAAGAGGAUUUUAAUAUUGCACUAGGAGUUUUUGCUUUAGCUGGGCUAACUGAUUUGGUAAGUUGGAGGGAUUUAUUCCCAGAUCUUAUUCCAGUUCCACUUACUUAUAUGAUAAUUUCGAGAGACGUAAUGCUGAUAGCUGCUGUUUUUUACGUCAGAUACCGAACUCUUCCAACACCGCGAACACUUUCUAAGUAUUUCAAUCCUUGCUAUGCCACUGCUAGGUUAAAACCAACCUUCAUCAGCAAGGUAAACACAGCAGUCCAGUUAAUCUUGGUGGCAGCUUCUUUGGCAGCUCCAGUUUUCAAUUAUGCUGACAGCAUUUAUCUUCAGAUACUGUGGUGUUUCACAGCUUUCACCACAGCUGCGUCAGCUUACAGUUACUAUCAUUACGGUCGAAAAACUGUUCAGGUGAUAAAAGGCAGAUGAAAGCCGUCCAUCGUCAUUAGUGAGGAAGCGCAGUAUACGUCGUCGGUGGCAGGGCGAGGGGAAAGCUACAGGAGCUUCCGUAGUUCGGGGUUCAGCUUGAAAAAGGACUUGUCAGAACAAACCAUGUCAUCAAAAUUUAAGUAAUGUGCUUUGAAAAUAAGCUUGAUCAUGGGCAUAUGCAGAAUUUCCAAUGUAUUUUUAAAUACAAAUAAAACUAAUUUAGAAUUUUUUAUCUUAGGUUUCUUGAUUAAUUUAUAAGGUACCAAUUAUUCCAAUUAUCGUCAGUCACUUUUUAACGCAUUUUUAAGAAACCUAGUCUAGAGCAUGGAAACUGAAGAGUUGCCACCUCUGUUUAACAGAAUUUAGGUGGCUUACAAAGCACUAGGGAAUUUACUGGGUUUAAGUAUCUAUCCGACACAACUUGGCUACACAGUCUUAUGUUCGAUUUUUAGAACUGUAUACACAUAAUGGUUCGUGUGGUUAAUAUUUGAUCAUUUAGGAUAAUGACAAUAAAGGUAGCUUAGUUGUGGAUGAAGUAAACUUGUAAAGAUAUUUAAAAUGCAGUAAGUUUUGAAAAUAACAAAUAAGAUCCCAACAGAAGGUAUUGAAGUUCAAGUUCAGUAGUCUUCCAAUCUCUCAGGUGCCUAAUAGUCUAUGUAUCAGGAUAGCAGGUGACAAAGGUGGUUGAAAUAUGAAAGCAUGUCCAUUAGCCUACACCAUCCAGGAGGCAGUGAGUUAUAACAUGCCUUCCGCUGUUUCUAACGUAGCAAUGUUUGUAUGAUGUUGGAACCUGUACUCACAUGUUAUGUAAAUAAUAUGCAACUGUAUAUUUUUCAAAGGUUUUUUAAAUUUUGGGCUACCUUUUGUUAAGAUAUUAAAGGAAUAAAAGAGCUGGGAAAGU